AUGGACACCAAGACACAGAACCCUCCCGUCACCCACACCCAGCCCUAUAGCAACUCUCGGCCCCAAAGCCACACCUGCAACCACUGCAAUUGCAGCCACCACUGCCAUAUCUGCAGCCAGAGCUGUAGCCGAAGCCAGAGUUGCAGCCGAAGCCAGGGCCCCAGCCAAAGCCCGACCGGCCACCGCAGCCCACCUGGCCAUCAGAGCCAGAGUCCAAGCCCCAGCCCGCCACCAAGGCAUCACAAACACACCAUGCACUCCCACCAUGGCCCCACCCGGCCCACCACCCAUUCCUGCAGCUACACCAAGAACAGAAAGAAUUUGCAAGGAAAAGUGAAAAAGAGGAAAGUGGUCAAGAGGAGCCAGCAGGUGUACAAAACAAAAAGGCGAAGCUCAGGGUUCCUCCGAAGCCUGUGGUCAGGCCACCACUUCCUGGGAAGCCCAAGCCAAGACUACGGACAGCAGCAGGUCGGGAAGAGUGCGGGGGAGGCUGUCCUGAGCGUCCUGGACUACUGA